UGUAACUGGAGAAGUAAUAUGGCUCUCAAUAAAUGGGUGUGUGAUAUUGUUUUAACGUCCAAUAAUAAUUGGGAUUGUGUAAUAGUCUGCUACUUAAAAAUUUCAUCUUUUCCAUAUGGCAUCAAAAGAAAGUUGAAUUAACAAGUUUGCUUUUAAUAUCGAAACAUUGUGAAUUUGGGAUAGUUAAACAUCAAAAUGAAUCAGCUUUUUACUAAUCUCGAAAAAAAUGAAAUCACAGCCUUCAGCCAUGAGUUUAAAUUAGAAUUAAGUGAAUGUGUUGGAGUAGAUUGGAGAACUCUUGGGCGUUGGUUAAAUAUUGAAGAAAACUAUUUAGACAAGAUUGAUCAAGAUAAUGUUAAAACUAAUGUGAAAAUGUAUUCAAUGUUAACUAAAUGGGAGCAGAUUAGUGAAAAUCCAACACUUCUGGAGUUAAAAUCAGCUUUAAGGAAAAUGGAGCGAAUGGAUCUAAUAGGGAAAAUUGAUGAGUUAACAAUGUUAAAAAACAAAUUGAAUUCUGAUGAAUUAAUUUCGAAAUGUUGUGGCGAAAUAAGCUAUAAAAUUGGAAGUGAUUGGUCUCGAUGGGGAAGGCACCUAGGUUUAGGUGAUGCAGACCUUGACAACAUUAACUCUGAUCAUACAAAAUGUUUUGAUAAAGCUGAAAAUGUUUUAAAAAAAUGGAAACAAAUAAAUGGAUAUCUUUCAUGGGAUCAGUUAAAAAAAGAGUUAAUAGCAUUUAACCGUUAUGAUAUAAUAGUUGAAAUUGAAGAGAAAUUCAAAGAUCACCUACCUAGUCUAAAUAAAUUAAGGAAGAAGAAGAAGAAGAAGAAGAAGAAAAACAAAAAGCAACACAAAAGAAACGAAACUUUAAAUUUGGAUAUGUCUGAGCAAUUGAGAAUUGAAUUAAAAAAUGAUUCUUCAAAUCCAUUAGAUGUUGCUAGCAGAGUUCAUGUCGAUAAAGAUAUAUCAGAGGUAUGCACAGCACUAAAAAAUUAUUAUCUGAAAGAUUAUGGCAAAAUAAAUGAACUUCAACCACUAUUAAAAGCACCUGCUAAUGUUGAUCUAAUACAAAAAUUUGUUGAUCUUUGUAUUGUUGAUGCACAUAAUGCUCAAAUGGAUGUUGUUUGUAGCGUUGAACGAAAUAAAUUUCUUGAAAAGCAAAUGAGUUAUACACCAAUUCCAUAUAGUGAAAUAUUUAUGAACGAAAAAUCAGUAAUAUUAAUAUCUGGAAUAGCUGGUAUUGGAAAAACAUGGUUGCUCAGAAAGUGUUUGCUUGAUUGGUCGAAAAAUUUGAUUUGGAAUAAUGUUGAACUUGUGUUUUAUUUGGAAUGCAAGAGGCUUAAUCAAUAUCAAAAUGUUUCGAAUAUUAAUGAAUUACUAAAUGUUUUUUACAAACAUAUUUUAAAUGAUUUUGAUAUUAGUAAGCAUACUACAUUGUUUAUAAUUGAUGGAUUAGAUGAGUUUAAAUAUUUAAAUGAAUUAUUAAAUCCAAAUUUAAGUUGUACCUUUCCGAUUGUUAAUGCUUUAGCAGAAAUUCAAAGUUAUAAACAUGUAGUUGCUGGUAGAGUUUACGCAAUUGAUAAAUAUCAAAAUAUAUAUCCAGAGCAUAUUGAUAAGUUAACCAUUCAAAUAAUGGGGUUUAACCAAGAUGGAGUUGAAAAUUAUGUAGAAAAUCAUGUCAUAGAAGAAAAAAAAAAAGUUGUUAAAGCAACUUUAAAUGAGUCUCCAAUUGCAAAAGUUAUGGCAUUUGUUCCAUUUUAUUUAUCUUCCAUGUGUAAAAUUAUUAGUGAUUCAAGCAAAAUAUAUACAACUUCUUUCUUAACGAUGACAGAAUUGUAUGCAAAUAUUUUUUUAUACUUUUUGCAAAAACACAUUAUCAAAAAUAAUGGAUUGGUUUAUGAAAUGAUGGCAAAUGAAAAUAAUAAGAAAUAUGUAUUAACCAUUUGUAGGAUAGCUUUUGAAUUGUUUAUUGAAAAUAAAUUUAUUUUUUCAAAAGAAGAAGUUUUACUAUUUAUCAAUAACUUUAAUGAAGUUGAUGAAAGUCUUUUUGGUUUUAUUGAAAGGGUUGAAACACAUCUUGGUUAUUUUUACCAAUUUGCACAUUUGACUGUAAUGGAGUUUUGUGCAUCUGUAUAUGCAUACAAUUGUUUAAGCUUUGAAGAGAUUUUGGCCAAUGAAAAGCUGAAGAGUUGUUUAUCAAUGAUUUGUGGAUUAAGCAAUAAAAACCAAAAUAUUAUAUUAAAGUUUCUUGUUAACCUGAAUCCUUCUAAAAAAUCAAAAAAGGAGUCUUCACUUUUGAUUCCUAUUUUGGAUCGUCUAUCUAAAAGUAUUAAAGGUUUUAAUAAUUACAAUUUUUUCUACGAAUGUUUUUACGAAAGUCAAUCGUCAUUCACUGAUGAAAUAAACUCAAUUGUUGAUGAACUAAAUAAACCAUGGUUUGAUGGUUGGAAGUUUGGUUUUGGUUUGACGAUUUCGAUUGACGAUGGAAAAACUUCUUACGCAACUUCUUGCGAUAAUUAUUUCGUAAAUUAUUACAUAAAAUCUGGAAGAAAGUUAGAUUGGUUAGAUGUUAAUAAAAAUAUUUUAAGUGAUGAAGAAAAAAAUCUUUUAAUUCGAUGUUCAACUAAUGUUCGCGGUGUCAGGUUUUAUCGUCCAAUUAAUUUCGAAGGAUGGAAACCGAAAGAUAAGAUUGAAGAGUUGACGAUAUGGAUCUCACAUUAUUUAAUAACAAAAAAAGAUUUUGAAGAAAAUUUUCUUCCUUGGAUUAAUCUUUGUGAAGUUUUAGAUCUUUCACUUCACGACGACAUUGAUUUCAUUAAAGACAUUUGUGAAUGGAUUCGUUGUUCGAACAUCAAGGAAAAUAAGAUCGAGUACCGUGGAAAAUAUUUUUGUAACCUCGAUAAAUUAACUUUAUCACGCGGAAAAAUGUUUAAUAUUUUAAAUAUAUAAAAUAAAAACAAUAAUUAUAAAAUACUAAAUGAAAUAU